AUGGCGCACAACAUCUACGACGUGGUCGUUGUUGGUGCGGGGAUUGAAGGGUCUGCAACCGCCAACUAUUUAGCUAAGCAAGGCGUCAAGACAUUGUUGUUGGAACAGUUUCCACUUCCACACAGUCGAGGCAGUUCCCAUGGCCAAUCUCGGAUCACCCGCAAGGCUUACCCAGAAGUCUUUUACACAAAGAUGAUGCUGGAGGCCACUGAUAUGUGGCUAGAGUUACAAAACAACUUUGGAUGCGAAAUUUUCAGACAAAGUGGGUUUGUUUCUAUGGGGGAAUAUGACGGAGAUGUCCUUAUGGCUGUGACACAGAGUCUCCUUCAGCUGAACACGUCUCACCAGGUCCUCACGCCGUCCGAAUUCAAGACUCGCUUCCCGAUGAUGAAGUAUCCCGAAACGUUUGCUGGGGUGCUAGAUUUUGAUGGAGGGUUAUUAAGAGCCGAUAAAGCCUUGCAAGCAUUCCAGUCUGAGUUCACUAGACAUGGUGGGGUAAUAAUGGAUGGUUGCAAAGUCAUCAAUAUUAAACCUGGACUCGUUGUCGCCAUAGAAACUCCAAAUGCCAUCUUCCGAGGGCGGAAGUUAGUUAUCACUGCUGGACCAUGGGCUUCUGCCGUUUUGAAGCCGCUUGAACUCGAUCUUCCUUUGAAGCCAGUACGGAUAUCUGUUUGCUAUUGGAAGGAACGUGAAUGCGGAUCACACUCAAGUGGCAAAUUGUUGCCAUUUUAUGAUGUAAAUGGAAGUGCACCUUAUGAUAUCUAUGGCCUACCAUGUGAAGAAUAUCCCGGACAUGUCAAGAUAUGCUUGCACCACGGACCUGAAAUUGACCCCGACAACAGGGAUGGUGUGCCUGAUUCCUGGGUGUUGGACCUCAUUACGAAGUAUGUCCGUGACCACUUCCCUGGCCUCGAGACGUGUUCACCGAGCAUUGUGGAGACCUGCAUAUACACGAACACCCCAGACAAACACCCCAUAUUGGACAAACAUCCAAGAUGGAAGAAUAUAAUUAUUGGAGCAGGAUUUUCUGGACAUGGCUUCAAGUUGUCUCCCGUUGUAGGCAAGAUCCUGGGACAGUUUGCUCUUGGCGAGACGCCGUCGUAUGAUGUGACGCCAUUCAGGAUAGACCGGUUCAAGGCUUUGUCCCGACUGUAAUAAUAUAUAAUAAACAUCAGACUGGUUCCAAUUAAUAUUGAAAAUCGAAAAAAACGGAUUUUCGUUAAUUUUAGAAUUUGAAAACUGGGUAACAAUAUUAAAAAUUGAAAACUGGUUCUUGUUAAUAUUAGAAGUGGAAGACUGUUUUUUGCUAAUAUUAGAAUUUGAAAACUGGUUCUCUUACAUAUGAGAAUUCGAAGACCAAGAACUAUAAUCUCGAGGAUUCUCAUUGGACAUGCGAAUUGAGCUAUGAAUAGACAGUUCAGCAUUUGUACAGGAAUUUCUGUAAUGGGGUCUAGACUGUGGCGAGCAAAGUUUAUUGGGGGUCGAGAAAAUGUGUUUGAAAAGAAGGGAUUCUACCCUGAACUGCGCCACCUGCACACACGCUUGACAGAUCGAAUACUUCUAUCGUUAUAUAUCAUCAAUAUAAACUAUGAAUAUCAGAUGAUCUUUACAUCAAAUAUAAUAUAUUUGGCGUCAAUAAUACAGUCUGGUUCCCUUUACCUGAAUAUAUGUAUACGUUUUUAUGGUAUAUUUUGUUACUUAUUGUGCAUGUAUCUCGAAUAAAAUAUUAUUAUGCCUGUA